CUCAUUUGGUUACAUGAAAUGGCAGGUGUUGGGAAGUCUGCAGUCACAUUCACUGUAGCUGAAAGGAUGCGAAGUUUGAAAAUGAUAGAGCAGAUGAAUAUUGAGAUGCGACUUGUGGGCACGUUCUUUUUCUCAUGCAAGCACACCAACCACUCCAUGACUGGAUAUUUUUUUGUGAUGCUUGCAUACCAGCUUGCCUGCAAUUUUCCUAGCAUCCAGGAGGAUUUGAACAGAGCUAUUCAUCAAAAUCCUGCUCUUCUGGACCCUAAUAAAUCUCUUUGCAACCAGAUGGAGGGACUCUUUCUGAAACCUCUACUGUGCGGGUGUCCACCUUUCGCAUUUGUUGUCGAUGCUCUUGACAAAUGCAUGUCCAAAACUGAGGUUGCUGAUCUCAUCUUCCUCCUAGGCAGAGCUCUUCGGGAACCAGAUCUUCCCACGAUCCACAUCCUCCUCAUGAGUCACUCGAAAGAUCAUAUCCAUGAUGCCAUGCAGGAAAGAGGCAUGUGCCCACUGGUGUGGGAGAUACCAGUCAAUUUCUGGAGAGGGUGUGGCUGUGAUUAUCUCAUUAGAUGGUGUAGAUAUUGA